AUGAAAAUAAAGGCUGACAGGAAGAAUCGCCUUUUUGCGUACUUUGCCAUAGGUGCUUGGUUUCAUUCUUCCGUACCUGUUUCAUGCAAAACCUUCACUCCUACCAGCACGGAUACUGAUAGCUACAGAUCCACGAUAUUAUUCUUUCUUCUCUGGUUCGAAAAUGCAGCUUCUAACUUCUCAAUUGAGCCAGUGAUAGUUGGUGGAGUGAGACUUUGCAGCUACUCCGAGUUGCAAAAAAUUACUGAUUUCAAGUAUGAGAAUAUUCUUCGGAAGACUCUUUCAGGAAGAUUGUUCCAUGGCAUCAUUGGUGAAAGAUCUGAAAAACGGCGUGCUUUUGUAAAGACAUGGGAUCUUCUCCUUCCUAUGCAAGAUGGACAUGCUCAACUUCUACCUAAAUUUUGUGAUGAGAUCGAGUUAUUCACAGAUGAAAAAGCAAAUACGCAUCAAAAUUUGGUGAAAUUGUGUAUGUUCUGUUGUUACAAAAGGCUUGCAGCUGUGUAUGAGUGUGAUGAAAAAUUUACCAGACUCUUGUCUAAUGUACUUCUGGAUGAUGAAUUUCGGUGGGAUGACUGGAUAAAAGUGGCAACUCAACUUGCAGAUCUCUUGGCAUUCUUGCAUGAGAAGGGAACUGCGGUUGGCUGUGUUACUGCAUCAUGCAUUAUGAUAGAUGAGGAAAUGAAUAUAAAAGUAUUUGACUUUGGUUACGUUUCUUGUCAUGUGAACGAGGACUCUAAAAUUCCUGUUGAGUAUCUUGUCGGCAGGGAAGCUCCAGAGGCAGGUACGCGGACUAUGAAAUCUGAUGUUUAUAUAUUUGGUCUUCUUCUGUUGGAACUGAUAACCAAAAAAGAGUUUGAAUAUUCAUUUUUACAUGCGGCUAAACGUGGUAAAAUAAAUUUGGUUGAUGAAUGCUUCAAAGAAGUUCCUCCUGCAACUGCAUCUGCGAUCACACUCCUGACAUACAACUGCACGGAUCUCGAUCCACUCAAAAGGCCAAAGAUGAAGCAUGUUGUGGAUGUUUUGAGAGCACUGAAGAUGCCAGCGAGGGGGGAGAAGAGAAAAAGGGAAGAUGAGGUAGAGAUGGCAACUGCCCUCUUGUCUUAG